AUGGGUAAUAAAAUAAUGAAAAGCUAGGCGGAAUUUGAAUAGGAUUAUCAAAGGAAAUAAGAAUGUAAAAGAUUAACUAAUAACGAUAGAGAAACCUUCUGUAUUAGCGUUAAACCUUUUAAUUAAAAAAAAGGGUCGAGUUAGUACAGAAUAUUAAUUCUUGACUCCUCCAAUUGGUAAAGGAUAAUAUUCAGAAAUACGUAAAGUAAUAAAUAAAAAAACUGGAAUCAUGAGAGCUGUAAAAAUAGUAUAAAAGAAUGCUAAUGAAAAAGAAGAAGAAAGAGUUACAUCAGAAGUCAACAUUUUAGAAAAACUAGAUCAUCCAAAUAUUUUAAAAAUAAAUGAAUAUUAUAGUGAUGAUAGAUUUCAUUAUAUAAUAACAGACUAUUAUUCUGGAGGAGAAUUAUUUAGUAAAAUUUAAGAGAGAAGAACAUUCUCUGAAACAUAGGCAGCAAGAAUUAUUAGAUAAUUAUUAUAUGCAUUAAAUUAUUGUCAUCUACAUGGGAUUGCUCAUAGAGAAAUCAGACCUGAAAAUAUUAUGCUCGAAAAAAGUUCUGAAUUUGCUUCAGCUAUUUUGAUUGAUUUUGGUAUGUGUUAAAAGAUAUCCCAUAAAAUGCAUAGUUCAGUUAAUCAUCCUUAUUAUUAAGCACCAGAAAUACAAUUAAAAAAAUAUAAUGAAUAAAUUGAUAUUUGGGCUAUUGGAAUUAUCACAUAUAUUUUAUUAUGUGGAUAUCCUCCUUUUGGAGGAGAAUCAAAUAGAAAAAUUAUUGACAAUGUCCUCAAGAAACCUUUGGUUUUUGAAGAAUAAGAUUGGAACAAGUACAGCAAUGAAUCAAAAGAAUUUGUCAAGAAAAUUUUAAUUAAAGAUCCAAGUCAAAGAAUAACAAUAGAAUAAGCUUUGAAUGAUCCUUGGAUUGUUAAGAAUUUUGAAUUAUAGGUUAAUGAUGGUUAAUUAAAAAGAGUGUUAACAAAUUUAGUUAAUUAUAAUAGUCAAUCAAAAUUAUAAGAAGCAACACUAAAAUUAAUAGUAUUGUAUUUAGCUUCAAGAGAGGAAUUGAGUGAAUUAAGAGAGAUAUUUACAUAUAUUGAUUCAAAAAAUGAUGGGUAUAUUGAUGUUGAAGAGUUAUAAACUGCUAUGUUAAAAAUAUUUGAUUUUGAGACAACUGAAAGAUAAAUUAAUAAGAUAUGUGGUGAAGAUGAAACUCUAUCUUAUUCACAAUUUUUAGCUUAAGCAAUAGAUAAAUAAGCCAUUUUAUAAAAGUCUAAGAUAGAAACUGCAUUUAAAUUGAUAGACAGAGUAUUAGUGAAAUCAAAUAUUAUAGAAUGCUUCUGGAAAUAUUAAUGUUGAAGAAUUAUGUGAAGCUUUUAAAUGCAAUUUGGCUGGUAAUGAUUAAUGGAUAGAAAUAAUGAAUGAAGUUGAUGCAAAUCAUGAUGGAG